AUGAGUGAGGCGACGGGUCGACCAGUACACGUUCGCCUCUUCGACACAUCGCAGCUCAUCUUUCAAACUUUCGAAGAGAUGGCCUUGAAGAAUAUUCGAUCGAACCUCGACCGUCUAUUCGACAAAAGUCUCACCGAUCUCAUCAGAGGCAUUCGUAAUAAUAAAGAUAAUGAGGCUCGCUACAUCGCUUCUUGUAUCGAGGAAAUCAAAAUGGAACUCAAACAGGACUCCACUUUCAUCAAAGCUAAUGCAAUUGAGAAAUUGGCAUAUCUUCAAAUGCUUGGAUAUGAUAUCUCUUGGGCUUCAUUCAACAUCAUCGAGGUGAUGGUCUCCACAAAAUACACUGAAAAGAGGAUAGGAUACCUCGCUGCCGCUCAAUCUUUCCACGAUUCAACGGAGGUGUUGAUGUUAACGACGAAUCUCAUCAGAAAAGAUAUCAAUUCAGCGAAUAUGUAUGAUUGCGGGGUGGCACUCGGCGGAUUGGCAUGCUUUGUGACUCCAGAUCUCGCUCGGGAUCUCGCCAGUGAUAUCGUCAAUUUGUUAACCUCCUCUCGUCCCUAUAUCCGAAAACGAGCGGUCUUGCUUUUGUACAAAAUUUUCCUCAAAUACCCGGACGCUCUCCGACCGACGUUUCCGCGUUUGAAAGAGAAAUUGGAAGACGCGGAUCCAGGCGUUCAAAGUGCGGCUGUGAAUGUGAUCUGCGAGUUGGCGCGAAAAAACCCGAAAAACUAUCUCACAUUGGCGCCGGUUUUCUUCAAAUUGAUGACAACGAGCUCGAAUAAUUGGAUGUUGAUUAAAAUAAUCAAAUUGUUUGGAGCGUUGGUGCCACUCGAGCCUCGGCUAGGCAAAAAGCUGCUCGAACCACUCACAAAUCUCAUCAAUAGUACCUCGGCGAUGUCGCUGCUCUAUGAGUGCAUCAAUACGGUGAUUGCUGUUUUGAUCAGUACAUCGGCUGGCACACCUGGCGAUCACACAACGAGCAUACAGUUGUGCGUUCAAAAACUCGGCCUUUUAAUCGAGGACGCCGAUCAAAAUCUGAAAUACCUUGGCCUGUUGGCGAUGGGGAAAAUCCUACAAACGCAUCCGAAAGCCGUUCAAGCUCACAAAGAUAUCGUUUUGCGGUGUUUGGAUGAUCGAGAUGAGAGUAUUCGGAUAAGAUCUCUCGAUUUGUUGUACGGGAUGGUGUCGAAGAAAAAUAUUAUGGAAAUCGUUAAGAAAUUGAUGGAACACGUGGAACAUGCUGAAGGAUCACAUUAUAGAGACGAGCUCUUAUCCCGAAUCAUCAGCAUCUGUUCCUACAACAAUUAUCAAUACAUCACCAACUUUGAGUGGUACAUCUCGGUACUCGUCGAAUUGACGAAAGUCGAGGGAACGAAGCAUGGAGCGAAAAUCGCUGAACAAAUCCAAGAUGUGACCGUGCGAGUUGAAUCGAUUCGACACUUCUCCGUCUCACAAAUGGCAUUAUUGGUGGAAAACGCGAAUCUCCUCCUUUCGGGCAGCGCUCAGCAACGCUCGAAUAUCAGUGAAGUGCUGCUGGCGGCUGCGUGGAUUUGUGGAGAAUACAGCGAAAACGUUCGCGACAAGCCAAGCGUGCUCGAGGCGAUGCUCAAAGCGAAACCGUCUCUAAUGCCCGGCCAUAUUCUUUCGGUUUAUGUUCAAAACAUUGGAAAACUUUACGCAGCAUUGAUUUCAAAAGCUGAAGAGGAAGAAGACUGGGAUGCGGUUGAUUCACUCGAUAACUUGAUGAUGAGCAAAUUGCCCGAGCUGGAGUUGGCCGAGCAUUUGGAAGCGCAGGAAAGGGCCUGCACCUUGAUGGCGAUGCUGAAAGUGAUCGAGAUGUACCAUUCGAGAAAGGAGAAAGUCGCUGAAGAGGUAGCCAGACUCUACGAAGGAGAGCUGAAUCCAGUGGCGACGAAAGCGCAGAGAAAAGUCCCCGUUCCGGAUGGAUUGGAUCUCGAUUCGUGGAUUGGUGAUGAAUGGGAGGAAAGCGCGAGUGAAAGCAGUGAAGAUGAGACUGAGAAGAACUUUGGACAAAUGAAAGUUCGCAGCGAAUUUGCCAACUUUGGCGGCCCACCAAAGUACGAUUCUGAAGAAGAACCAGAGAAAGGAUAUCAAAAAAUGAAAACGAAGAAAAAAGAACACGAUGAGAUAACGUCAGCUGAAUUAGAAAAGAGGAGACAACAAAGGGAAAGGGAAAUACAAAGCAAUCCCUACUAUGUCAAAGGCACAGCCGCCGCCCCUAAACGACCAAACGAGUUCCCUGUGGCGCCGAAACGAGAAGAAAACGGGGAAUCCUCGCAAAAUCUUUCCAUUCAAAGUCCGCUGGAGAUUCCGGGUGUUGUUGGCCUUUCCCGUUACAUGGAACAACAAGACUCGACGCUGACAUGGAAAAACGCGAAGAAAGAAAAGAAAAAGGAGAAAACGAAAAAAGGAAAGGGAAAAAAGAAAAGAGCGGCUGAGGAAAGCAGCAGUGAUGAAGAUGAGGUGGCGAUUGUACAUCAAGUCAAUCGAAAUGAUGGAGAAAUGCCCGAGAAUGCGAAAUCGACCGAUGAUGAAGAUGAGAAAACGAAUGGUCUAACUGAUGAGUUCAAGGCGCUCGACGUGAAUCUCGAUGAACCGUUGAGACCUGACGAGAUCGUUCGUGGACCCCAAGCCUACGUUCGUCAAUCAGCCAACGCUCGUCCUUUCAUGCAAGGACCUUUGCAACCUCGACCACCAACAACUGGGCCACAAAAGGUGAUCACACAAGAACAAACAACAAAGAAGAAAGUGGCAAAGAAGAAGAAAAAUGAUGUGGAAACGGUUGAGAGUGCUGAAAAGAAGAUGAAAAAGAAGAAAAAGGCGAAAGCACAACUUUCAAAUGGGGCAACUAGUGCUGCGACAAGUGGAAACGUUUUUGACAUGGACAACUGGCUGGAUGAGGAAAAUGUGGUGGAAGAAGCGGCUGAUGCGUUGAAGGGAGAAAAAAAGAGCAAAAAGAAGAAAAAGUUGGGUGUCCCGUCGAGAGAAGCUUAUGAAGAGCCGUCCGGUGUGUGCACUCCAUCAAAUCCUUUCCAAGAAGGGGACACCCCCGGCCCAUCUCCAAUCGGAUCGCAUUCACAUCUGUCAUCACUGGCUAGCAAUGGAGAUCUCAAAGCGGACUAUUCGAUCUCGGUUUGUCCGGACGAUCCAUCGACUUGUUUAGUGAAGAUCUCACUGAGCAAUGAAGGCACUAAUGAAAUGAAAGGAAUCGAGAUCAAUCUCUGUGAAACACUCAAUGCACGAAUGGCUAAAGAUGGAGAUGGGGAUUCAUCCCUCAAAGUCUCAUCGAUUUCACCAAACGAUUCCACGAUUCUCCCAUUGAGAGUCACGGUCGCGUCGACGGCUUUAAGUCAAAAGAUUCGUGGAUCGCUAACAUAUUUUGUUCAAGAUGGAGACAAUUCGAACUCGGAGAAACUUGAUUUCAAACUCUCCAUCCCGGCCACCACAUUCCUUUUAUCGGCAACGAUCGGAAAAGAAUCCUAUGGAGUUCUUCUCUCGAGUGACGAGAUCGAUUUGUCUGCUUCAGCGACAUGUUCAAGCCCCGUUCCCUUUAAGCAAAUCGUGCAAAGAAUCACGCAAAAAGCACGAUUCACAGUGGUGGAAGAGGUUUCCGGGGCAGCCUCCCUUUAUGCAACAACAAAUAUCGACAAUCGACCGGUGGCCGUUCUCGUCAAAAAGACGGGUGAUUCCAUUCAAAUCAACGGCAAAAGCGGCGAUCAACAAAUGAUCUCGAGUAUCGUUGACGAUCUUCGAGAGCUUUGUUCGAAGAAA